UCUCCUAUUUUGUUUUCAUUUUUUAAGCUUUCUUUCAUACUUUAUAAUUGGCUGUGUUUAAUUUCAAUUUCUAAAAUUUGUCGCUAUUAUUUAAUUAGAGAGAUGGGCUUGUUUAAUCUUGAAGUAAUAUUUCACAAUGCCUAAAUAAUAAUUACUUCACAAUGCCUAAGUAAUAUUUCAUUUCAUUUGUGUAUUUACUCAAAAAUAUUAUCAUAGUAAUGUUUUAUUUUCAAUGCUACUACUUUGCUAGAUAACAAUUUGUUAUUGUGAAUUUACCUUUGUUUCCCAACAAUAUUUUCUUAUGGCAGAUUCAAGGAAGUACAUUACCAGUGAGGAGCUCAAGAAUCACAAAAAACCAGGGGAUCUAUGGAUAGCCAUUCAGGGUAAGGUUUAUGAUAUCUCAAAUUGGGUCAAGGAACACCCUGGUGGUGAUUUCCCAUUGUUAAAUCUUGCUGGCCAAGAUGUCACUGAUGCCUUUGUUGCAUACCAUCCUGCUACUACUUGGCAGUAUCUUGACAAGUUCUUUAAUGGAUUUUACGUCGAAAAUUAUUUUGCUUCUGAGGUGUCCAAGGAUUAUAGAAAGCUUGUGUCUGAGUUCACUAAACUUGGGUUGUUUGAAAAGAAAGGCCAUGUUUAUUUAUUCACAAUGUGUUUCAUGGCAAUGUUGUUUGCCAUGAGUGUUUAUGGAAUCUUGUGUUGUCAAACUGUGUUUGCACAUUUGAUAAGUGGUGGCUUGAUGGGGUUUUUUUGGAUUCAAAGUGGUUGGAUUUCUCAUGAUUUAGGGCAUUAUCAAGUAAUGAGAACCCGUAGGCUUAACCGAUUUGCUCAACUUCUCACCGCGAAUUGCCUUAAUGGAAUCAACUUUGCUUGGUGGAAAUGGAGACAUAAUUCUCACCACAUUGCUUGCAACAGUCUUGAAUAUGAUCCUGAUCUUCAACACAUGCCACUAUUUGUGGUAUCUUCCAAAUGUUUCAACUCACUCACUUCUUAUUAUUAUAAUAAGAAGAUGACUUUUGAUUCUUUUACUAGAUUCUUGGUUAGUUAUCAGCAUUGGACAUUUUAUCCCGUUAUGUGUGUUGCUAGAAUCAUUAUGUUUGUAGAAUCAUACAUAUUCUUGCUAUCCAAGAAAAAUGUGCCCCAUCUAGUUCAAGAGCUUUUGGGAUUGGUUUCAUUUUGGAUUUGGUAUCCAUUGCUUGUUUCUUGCUUGCCAAACUGGAGUGAAAGAAUUAUGUUUGUUUUUGCUAGUUCCACAGUGCCUGGAAUUCAGCAUGUCCAAUUCUGUUUGAAUCAUUUCUCAUCUAAGAUUUACAUUGCACCACUUAAAGGAAAUGAUUGGAUUGAGAAACAAAUUGGUGGUUCUCUUGAUAUAUCAUGUCCUAGUUGGAUGGAUUGGUUUCAUGGUGGAUUGCAGUUUCAGAUUGAGCAUCAUUUGUUUCCUAGAUUACCAAGAUGCCAAUUGAGGAAAGUCUCUCCCUUUGUGAAAGACCUAUGUAACAAGCAUGGUUUACCUUACAAUUGUGCCUCCUUCUUGAAUGCUAAUGCUUUGACUAUCAACACCCUCAGAGUUGCAGCUUUGCAGGCUAGGGAUUUAACUAAGCCGGUUCGAAACAAUCUAGUUUGGGAAGCCGUCAACACUCACGCUUGAGCUCAAGGAAAUCCGUGGGAUCGUCAUCCGGUAGAAACUGAAAGAGACCUUCUGUUAUUGUUCUUUUUUUUGAGAAAUAAAAAGAGUUGGUUUUGUCAUUUUUCUUUCGUUGAGAAAUAAAAAGAGUUGGUGAAUUUCAAGAUAUAAAAAUAGUCACCUUCUGUCGUUGUUCUUUUAUUGAGAAAUAAAAAGAGUUUGGUGA